AUGGGCAAGAAGACAUCUCGCCAAUCCACCAAGGUCGGCUCGGCCGCAUCGCCGGCCGACGGUCUUUCGCAGUCCGGCAGCAAAUCUUCCAUCCUGCGAGCCGCUUUCUCUCCGUCGGAGUACCAAUUGGCCCUGUUCGCGUCCGUCAUCCAGGGUCUGGAUGCGCAGCAUCUCCGCAUCCACGAUACCAACACCGGCAAACUACAGUGCGAGCAUGCCCUGGCGCCGAAGGAGACUAUUACCUCGCUUGAUUGGGGCUACUACAACGCCCAGGGAAAGAAGAGCGACCCAUCCAAGAAGAAGCGCAAGCGUGGGUCUGAUGUCAACGGUUUGGAUCAGGGAGAUAUCGUCGUCGCGUUCGGUACCAGCACCUCGGAUAUUCGCUUGUACUCGCCUUCGGAAGAUAAGGUCGUCGGCACCUUGACCGGUGUUCACGACAAGGGUAUCAAGGAUUUCAAGUUUACCGCUGGCCGGCCCGGCCAAGAGGCUUGGAGUAUUGGAGGCGAUAACAAGCUCGUGCAGUGGGAUCUCCUCACUGGCCAGAGCUCAAGGACGAUUCACCUGCCCGCAUCCUCGGUCUUUACUGCCAUCUCUCGUCCCGUCCCCUCCACCACGCCCGUCAUCUGCGCAUCUCAGACGCCUUUCUUAAUAGAUAUUGAAGCCACCGAGGAGCCGCUCAAGUUCCCCGCCAUGCGCAACCAGAUUCACACCGUCAUCUCAUCCUCUUCGGAGUCCGCUGGCGCCGGUACUUUCCUUGCGGCCGACGGCGAGCGAUUCAUCAACGUUUUCGACGCCUCCAACCAAAAGCUCGUGCGCAACCUGGUUGCUGACCAGGACGUCUCCUCUGUCUCCCUUUUCGACGCCGGCAACUCUGCGCCCGAGAAGCAGAUUCUCGCCGCUGUGACCGAAAAUGGAACUAUCGAGCUCUUCACAAAACCCUUUGCCCAGCCCCAGGCUGCGCAGUCCACUAGCGCGAAGGCCGCCCGCAAGCAAAUGACCCAAAAGGCCAAUGCCUCUCUCAAGAUCAUCCGCUCCGAAUCUUCAAAUGCAUGCGUGCCCGUUGUAUCAGCCACUUUCCAAGGUCCUGAGAUCAUCGUUGCCUAUGCCGAGGGCGGUGUCAUCCCCGUAUUCGAGCGUGUGAAGCUUCUUGAUGAGACUACUGAUGAGCUUGCCUUUACCGGUGUCAAGGCAGUUGUGAAGAGCAAAUCCAGCUCCGCUGUUGCAUUCGCGACAACAAACGGCUCCAAGAACGUCGGUGAAAGCCAGGUUAACGAGACCCACGCCGUUGUUGAGCAGGGUAACUUUGUCGAUGAUGAUGUCGACAUGAACGACGAUGCCGCUUCCGUCUCCGGUAACGAGGACUCCGAUGACGAGGCUCCCAAGCCCGCCACCGAAAAGAGAACCAAGCCUACCAAGCUGACCGCCGACGAGGACGUCGAGAUGCAAAAUGACGAAGACGAAGACGAAGAUGAGGAGGAGGACGGUGCCGAGCCCUCUUUCGGCGAGCUGCUCCGUGCUAACAUUGGCCACGAAGUCGAUGUCGAGGCCGAGAUGGACGAGGACGUGAACCUCGGCGCCCUUGUCCCCGGAAAGCCCACCGCAGCCGUGCAACAGAUCCCCACCGGCGUGUCACUGGCCACCGUGCUCACGCAGUCCCUCAAGACCAACGACAACGAUAUGCUCGAGUCCUGCUUCCACACCAACGACAUCUCCAUCAUCCGCACCACCAUCCAGCGCCUCGAGUCUUCCCUGGCAGCCACCCUGCUCCAGAAGCUUGCUGAGCGCCUUUCCUCCCGUCCCGGUCGCUACGGCCACCUUCUCGUCUGGGUCCAGUGGACCUGUGUCGCUCACGGUGGUGCGCUCGCCGGACAGCCCGAGCUUCUCAAGCGCAUGGCCACCCUGUACAAGGUCAUGGACCAGCGCUCGUCGAGCCUUCCUUCCCUGCUCCUCCUCAAGGGAAAGCUGGAUAUGUUGGACGCACAGCUCGGUCUGCGCUCAUCCAUGCGCGGCGACGGCGAAGACAUGGAUAGUGAAGACGAGGACAAUGUUAUCUACGUCGAGGGCCAGGAAGACGACUCAGACAGCGAGACCGAGACCAAGCCCCGCAAGUCGAUACGCGAGCAGACCUUCGACGAAGACGAGUCCAUGAUGAACGGCAUCGACGAGUCCGAAGACGAAGAAGACGGCAGCGAAGAGGAAGACGAGGAGGAGGAGGGCAUGCUGGACAUUGAAGCUGAGGAGUCCGCUGGCUCUUCUGACGCUGAGGAGUCUCUUGAAGAAAACGAGGAUGACGAAGACGACGAGGGAGUUAGCGAGGGCUCGCUGGUUGAUUUCAUCGCUGAUACCGAAGAUGAGUCCGACGAUGCUAUUGAGCAGCCGCCGCCGACAAAGAAGAGCAAGACGGUGAAGAAGAAGGGUGGUCGGAAAUAG